AUGGUCGCGGUCACGACCGUGCCGCGCGCCGGCCUCCUGAAAGGUCACGCGCCCGGAAUUGGCGAUAUCGGCACCCUCGGCGGAGGCCUGCAGCGAUCCGCCGCCCUCACCUCUUCUUCGGUGACGACCGCAUCCCAUCUGACCGUCGCCCCCGCCCGGCGCCUUCACCACCCAAUGCGAGCGUUGGGCAUCGAUCACAUCGAUCCGCUCGACAUUCUCCAUGAUGCUGGCCAGAUUGGAAAAAGUCGCGCCACCGGGCAUAAAAGCUCGCCCGCCGGACGGCGGAUCGUGGUGGCGCAGGCGGUCAGGCUAUGGCCGCGAUCCUCGAUCGCCUCAUGCGUGGCGAUCCGGACGGCCGCCCCUGAUCCUUCGCCGUGGUUAACGGCGCAUCGUCAAAGGGUCGAUCGGCGAUGUCGACAUCGGGCUCUCCUUGCUCUUGACCCGACAGCUAUCUUGAUGCGCGUCAAUGAUGCGGAUCAUCACAUGUUGCAUCCGGACGACGAAUGGCCGGUCAAGGGAGCCACCACCUUGACUGCCGCCCGUCCCACCUUGCGUGCCAGUUGCUUGGGAUCAGGGAUCGUCAUCGAACGCGUCGACCAGAUCAGAUCGCCGGGCGCGCCGCGCGGCCUGGAAGCAUCCGGUUGA